CCCCUCCUCUUAUUCCUCCAGGUAUAAAGGUGUAUUUCUGCAACCGCCUCUACCUUCUCUGCUCUGGGGAGAGUGGAAGACGCAGGACUGAAACGAGGAAGAGAGUGAGCGUGAGAGAGAGAGGCAGAGGCGGAGUGGGAAGUUUCAGUUUUAAAAAGCAAUUGGACUGACCACUCUCUGACUCGUGCUGCAGUCAUGGGGCUUGGGAAAGGGAAAGAUGAAUACAAACUGGCGGCAACCUCGGAAGAUGGGGGCAAGAAAGACAAGAAGGCCAAGGCCAAGAAGGAUAUGGACGAUCUGAAAAAAGAAGUCGACCUUGAUGAUCACAAGUUAACCUUGGAUGAACUUCACAGAAAAUAUGGAACUGACCUAACCAGGGGUCUCUCCUCCUCCAGAGCAAAAGAGAUCCUGGCCCGAGAUGGCCCCAACGCCCUCACACCUCCCCCCACAACACCUGAAUGGGUCAAGUUCUGCAAACAGCUGUUUGGUGGUUUCUCCAUGCUGCUGUGGAUUGGUGCUAUCCUCUGCUUCUUGGCUUACGGUAUCCAGGCUGCCUCAGAAGAUGAACCUACAAAUGAUAACUUGUACCUAGGUGUUGUGCUUUCUGCUGUCGUCAUCAUCACCGGUUGCUUCUCCUACUACCAAGAGGCCAAGAGCUCCAAGAUCAUGGAGUCGUUCAAGAACCUGGUCCCACAGCAAGCCCUGGUUAUCCGUGAUGGAGAGAAGAAGAACAUCAAUGCUGAGGAGGUGGUGCUUGGAGAUUUAGUGGAGGUGAAAGGAGGAGACAGGAUCCCUGCUGAUCUGAGAAUUAUUUCUGCUCAUGGCUGCAAGGUGGACAACUCCUCCCUGACUGGUGAAUCAGAGCCCCAGACUCGUUCUCCAGACUUCUCCAAUGAAAACCCACUGGAAACCAGGAAUAUUUCUUUCUUCUCCACCAACUGUAUUGAAGGCACAGCCAGAGGAAUCGUCAUCAACACUGGUGAUAAUACCGUCAUGGGCCGCAUCGCCACCCUGGCUUCCAGUCUAGAGGGCGGAAAAACUCCCAUUGCCAUUGAGAUUGAGCAUUUUAUCCACAUCAUCACUGGAGUGGCCGUGUUCUUGGGUGUUUCUUUCUUCAUCCUCUCUCUCAUCCUUGGAUAUAACUGGCUGGAGGCUGUCAUCUUCCUUAUUGGUAUCAUCGUCGCCAACGUGCCAGAAGGUCUUUUGGCUACUGUCACUGUGUGUCUGACUCUGACUGCUAAGCGUAUGGCCAAGAAGAACUGCCUGGUGAAGAACUUGGAAGCUGUCGAGACGCUGGGCUCCACCUCCACCAUCUGUUCUGACAAGACCGGCACCCUGACCCAGAACAGAAUGACUGUGGCCCACAUGUGGUUUGACAACCAGAUCCAUGAGGCUGACACCACUGAGAACCAGAGCGGUACCUCUUUUGACAGGAGCUCUGCCACCUGGGCUAAUCUGUCCAGAAUCGCUGGACUCUGCAACCGCGCCGUUUUCCUGGCUGACCAGAGCAACGUUCCCAUUCUGAAGAGAGAUGUCGCUGGUGAUGCCUCAGAAGCUGCCUUGCUGAAGUGUAUUGAGUUGUGCUGUGGAUCUGUCAGUGAAAUGAGAGAAAAAUACCACAAAAUUGCUGAGAUCCCUUUCAAUUCCACAAACAAAUACCAGCUCUCCAUCCAUAAAAACACCACUCCUGGGGAAACCAAGCAUCUGUUGGUGAUGAAAGGAGCUCCAGAGAGGAUUCUGGACCGCUGUUCCUCCAUUGUGCUUCAGGGCAAAGAGCAGGCUCUGGAUGAUGAGAUGAAAGAUGCUUUCCAGAAUGCCUAUGUUGAGUUGGGAGGUCUUGGAGAGAGAGUUUUGGGUUUCUGCCACUGUCACCUCCCUGAUGACCAGUUCCCAGAGGGAUUUGCUUUUGAUACUGAUGAAGUGAACUUCCCCACUGAGAACCUGUGCUUCGUCGGACUCAUGGCCAUGAUCGACCCUCCUCGUGCUGCUGUGCCUGAUGCUGUUGGUAAAUGCAGGAGUGCUGGAAUCAAGGUCAUCAUGGUCACAGGUGACCAUCCAAUUACAGCCAAGGCUAUUGCUAAAGGUGUGGGUAUCAUCUCAGAAGGCAAUGAGACUGUUGAAGACAUUGCUGCCCGCCUGAAUGUUCCAGUUUCAGAGGUCAACCCUCGGGAUGCUAAGGCCUGCGUCGUCCAUGGUGGUGAGCUUAAAGACAUGACCUCAGAGGAGCUUGAUGAUUUGCUGAAGCACCACACUGAAAUUGUAUUUGCCAGGACCUCCCCUCAACAGAAACUGAUCAUUGUGGAAGGAUGCCAGAGACAGGGAGCCAUUGUGGCCGUGACAGGUGAUGGUGUGAACGACUCUCCAGCUCUGAAGAAAGCUGACAUCGGUGUUGCCAUGGGCAUCGCUGGAUCUGAUGUCUCCAAGCAGGCUGCUGACAUGAUCCUGCUGGACGAUAACUUUGCCUCCAUUGUCACUGGAGUGGAAGAAGGCCGUCUGAUCUUUGACAACUUGAAGAAGUCCAUCGCCUACACUCUGACCAGUAACAUCCCCGAGAUCUCACCCUUCCUCCUCUUCAUCAUCGCCAACAUCCCUCUGCCCCUGGGAACCGUCACCAUCCUCUGUAUUGAUCUGGGAACUGACAUGGUCCCUGCCAUCUCCCUGGCUUAUAGAAACUGUAACUCUCCUUCUGAUUUGCAUUUCCUGACGUUUCCUGUUGUUUUUCUCCUGUUAGGUAUGAUGCAGGCCACAGCUGGCUUCUUCACAUAUUUUGUCAUCCUGGCUGAAAAUGGUUUCCUCCCCAUGGACCUGAUAGGACUCAGAGUGCUGUGGGAUGACAAAUAUGUAAAUGACCUGGAAGACAGCUAUGGGCAGCAGUGGACAUAUGAGCGCAGAAAGAUUGUAGAGUACAGCUGCCACACAGCCUUCUUCGCCAGUAUUGUGAUCGUGCAGUGGGCUGAUCUGAUCAUCUGUAAGACCAGGAGGAACUCCAUUGUGCAGCAAGGAAUGACGAACCGCAUCCUCAUCUUUGGGCUCUUUGAGGAGACGGCUCUGGCUGCCUUCCUUUCAUACUGCCCAGGCAUGGACGUUGCCCUCAGAAUGUACCCUAUGAAGCCAUUGUGGUGGUUCUGUGCCUUCCCCUACUCCCUCCUCAUCUUUGUUUAUGAUGAAGCCAGAAGAUAUAUCCUCAGACGCAACCCAGGAGGUUGGGUGGAGAAAGAGACAUACUACUGAGCCAACGCCACACAGACACGGAGGGAGCGUGUGCUUCAUUACUAUUUAAUGCCAUGUUACAUAUUUGUUUGAGAUAUUAGACCCCCCCCAUUAAUAACACCACAAAGCAUGGAUAGAUUAAGAUUAUAUUGAUGUGUGUUUCUUUCCCAAUAAAACAUUCCCACUGUUCACUGAG